CAAGAGAGACAAUACUCCGGGCUGACAAAACAAGGGCAGUGCGACUAAAUUCAGUAUAUACACACGGUUUGUAAGUUUCUUCUUGUCUACUUUACUGUCAGGCAGCGCUCUGCCUCCAUUAUUUUAGCGCUCUGUCCUCAACACUGUGCUGUCGCUCUCACUCCCUCAGGCCCAAUGCCUAAGCGCCGCCAUUGCCCCCGAUUUAUAGAGGGCUGCACCACUGAACGCAACGGGGCAACCAACCGUAGCGUUGGCCCCUACGGAAACUUAGCGCUCCGCUGAGUAGCUCUGCCUCCGCUCCAGUGGCACGGCUGAAACCUGGCAGGCCUAGUUUUGGCACGGAGCCCUUGUUUCCAAGUCGCCCUUUUUGCCAAAUUUCCCAAAUGCUUGGCUGUCCUUGCUUGGAAUCCCUGUUCGCCUGUCAUAGUGCAUCCAUCCGUACCCAUAGUUCGCGUUCUUUGUUUGCUACCGCGACAGUAUCUGGAGAUCGACUUCUGGUUGCCACAGCAGCCGUCUUGCGAGAUGCAGCAUCUUGCAUUAGCUUCCCUCUGUAUGUUGCACGUCUGCGAGGACGUAGACGAUGCCCGUUCUGUUCUCAGGCUGAAGGCCCGAAGCUUCAGAGCCAUUCUCGGUCGAGACAGUUGCCUCACAACGCUGGUGAAAUUCAAAACUCAACAGCGAAUCUCGCAUAUGCAACCGCAAUCGAACGCCACCAACCAUUGGCUGUCAUUGCUCUGCAAAUGGCUGGGCGCCGUUUCGGGUCGGCCGCUGUGGCCGCCUACUAUUCCCGAGCCUAUAUUUGGGAAAAUGCCACAAAUACACAUGGCGUAGUGACGUAUCUGCUAAACUGACACUGCUUUGACAACUCAACUAACGAUCUACCUAUUCUUUCUUCGUGCGUUGCUGGAGCUGCCCUGAUCAUCAAUCCCAUCGCAGAGCCCCCCAGUGGGCCGAAGCUUGUUCUGGAGGCUGCAGCAUCUAAAGAAGCUCUUAUAGUAGAUUUAGAGUUACGAUCGCUCGCCUAAAUGGUUGUGAACUUUUCGAAUCGUUGACGGUGCCAAUUGAUCCAUCUCAUGGCUCAAAAGCCCUUGCGUCAUCCCUGGCCAUGGCUGUACUCAGCUAUCGGCCUUCAUGCUGUCCAGGCGCACCGGUGGUCGAAAAAUGCAUGACGUCACAGAGUUCCAUUGGUCCCAGGCACGCUGACUACGCCCGCGUAACUUAGGAUGGUGCAGCUCAGAUCAAGUCAAUAAUAGGCUACCCAGAGAACCCAUGGCAAGAUCUUCAUAGAGACAAUAGUUUUCUAUUCAAAGUUUUAGGCGGAUAUAUAAGUAGCAUCGCUUUGUUUGGCCAAAUUGUGUAGAUGUGAUCACGUGACCACUUAAAGACAUCUGCCGAUGUUCUGUUAUGAUGCUGUCAACGCGUCUAACCACUUCUGGAGAGAGUCCUUUCAACGGACGCGACGGGCCACGCAUGGGCAUCUGGAGCAGGCGUAUCUUUGAUACUGACUACCUCGCAACAAAAGGUCCUGAUAUUUCGCCGCUCAUAAGGCCAGGUGUCUCCUUAGAUGGCGAUGGAUUUUCCCUUGUUCUUAAUCAUUGCUUGAUCAAGCCGUGAAAGCUAUACAUCACUAAAUGUGGAAUCAUGGCGUCUCGUCCUAUGAAUGGGAAUUCAGCACUUCCUGCCAACGCCGGCAGGAAGGCGGCUACAGCAGAUUCAGAAACGCCCGACAAAUCACCGUUAUCCUCGUUUCCCCUCCGACCACUCAAACUUGCCAUUGCGUCCCUGUUGAAUGCACCAGACAGGCGCAGCAGCAGCCGCGGCGCCGCGACCCCUCCAAUACUGCCACCGCAAGCAGACUACUCUCCCAGCGCUGAACCGUCAGUGUCUCCAACUGAACAAGAACCAGAACAAGAACCCGAGCCAGAGCCAGAGUCUGCCCUGGAGCCAGAAGCAGCAUCAGCGUCGGAAUCAGCAGCCGAGUCGGAGGCUGAAGCGGAGGAGGAAGCCGAAUCCGAAUCGAAACAUCCCACUUACCCCAAAAAUCACUCUGUUCAAAGUGUUGCCAUCAAAUUGGCCGAAUUUAGGAAGGCUGUCAAGCGAGACCACGCCACUGUGACAUCUCUAGCUCUCAGCUCAACCAUCGCCCUCGAUCAUCGCGUUCACUCCGGCACUGAUCUGUUUGCUAAUGUGUCCACCACGCUUUCCAAAGACGCAACAGACGAUACUAUACGAAUGAAGUCGAAACAACAUUUAAAACAGAAAAAGGACCAGCGAUUGGAGCAUUACGACGUAACGAUUAUCAAGACAAACCAAGACCGAGUACCACCAUAUCGAUUUCACCAUGUCGAAAUAAAACGAAAUAUGCUCACUGCGAACACGUCUCUGACUUUUUCACCUCAUGUCCGCGACCUGGAAGACAAUGAGGAAGCGGCGUACAAUAAAUGGCUUAAUAAGCUGUCUGAUUCCGAACGCAAGUCUGGAUUCCAACCACUAAAAGGGAUUGAGAAAUAUGCCCUCAUGAUACAAAAUGAACGCGCUGCAGCAUUACUGCCGUAUAUUGAUGCUUGGUUAAAAGAGCUUGCUAUCCCAAGGUGUACUAAGGAGAAUGUGUUGAAGUAUCUGGCCAAGUACCCUGAUCCGACAAUCAUUACACAUAAGAAAGGCGCCACGCUUGUUCAACAGUCACCAGGAAGAGCACUCACAGGGACCAUGUCCAAUGCUGAGUUGGCAUCUAGAGUAUUUGUGGAUGCCUUCCAAUCAGUAUUCGAUAGCAACAGCCAACCAUCGCGGCGUACGAAGCUGCAUACUGUUUUCUCUAUGGAUCCUGCCAUUAGCACCAGUUUAGAUGGUAAGACCAAUGCGCCGACUGACAGUCAGCCACAAGCAGCGGAGGCUGCGGAGACAGAUCUCAACAGAAUUGACGCAAGCUUGUCAAGUUUCACCGAUCUAGGGUGCUUGUUGUGUUUUAGCCACUCUUGCGACCAUGGUGAUUAUGACCUCAACAACUUGAAGCGAAACAUAUCCAUUGGCUCCUGCUACGGCAGUUUCUCAAAGCUUCUGCGUCAGAGGAGUCACUUGAAUGAAGCAAAGCAAGACAAAGGAGACAAGUCCAACGUUUGCGGCGAUGAUUGCUACAAGAAGCAAUCAAACCCGCCAAGCUCAUCGCCGUCGUUGCCGUUUUCCGAGCGCGAAAAAUCAAUGCUACAGUCUAUCUGUCUGGCGGAACCUAGCGAUCCUAUAUGCUUAGCUGCCGCCAUACUUGACCGGUCUUGUCACGAUGUAUUUUUACAGACGCAGCAAAUGCGAAUUGAUUUCCCGUGGACCAAGACGACACAAUCCUCCGCAAAGAGUCUACCGUGGUAUGAUCGAUGGAAGAAGAUGUUAUUAGGCGACUGGCAGGACCACACAAACUCUCAUGAGCAUCAGCGGCGAGAUAUUGUUGACCCUUGCUUCCACGAUGGACCAUGCCGGCUGAAAGUGUGUUCUUGUGUUGAUGCUGGUCUCUUGUGCGAGAAACUGUGCGCAUGUUCUGUAGAAAACUGCGCUUACAAGUUUACCGGUUGUGCGUGCCAUUCUCAAGGCAAGACUUGCACCGAUAGGCAAAAGGAUCGCCCGUGCGUAUGUCGUCAACUCAACCGGGAAUGUGACCCAGAUCUAUGCGGAUCCUGCGGUGUCGUUGAGAAGGCGAAGCCGGAGAAUUUACGGAAUGAGUCGCUUCAGGGAGAGGGCUGUCAAAACUGCGACCUUCAACGCGGACUACACAAGAAGCUUGCAAUGGGUGAGAGUCAACUUGAAGGCGUCGGUUACGGUGUUUUUGCCAUGGAAGAUAUACGACAGGAUGACUUUGUGAUUGAGUAUGUGGGUGAGCUGAUCUCUCAAGAUGAGGGAGUUCGCCGUGAGGAACGACGCGGUGAUGAUUUCGGAGACCAAUCCAGCACAUCAUACGUCUUCACCUUGCUGGACAAUGAAGGUUUAUGGAUCGAUGCCGCCAUCUAUGGCAACUUGAGCCGGUACAUCAAUCACGCCCCAGAGCGCGGAAUAACAGGCUGUAAUAUUGCACCAACCAUCCUUUACGUCAACGGAGAAUGGCGCAUCAAGUUUACCGCCCUCAGAGAUAUUAAAGUGGGCGAGGAGAUCUUCUUCAAUUACGGCAAACACUUCCCUAACUUGACGAAGAAGUUACUCGACCCCGAUGCAACUGACAUCCCGGACCACCUUAAAACAGACUUGAAGUUUGCCGCACAAGUCGGCGAACAAAACGACGGUGUUGUUGUGAAGAAGCGUCGUGGACGGAAGAAGGCCAUACCAGCCGCGCUUGCGACAGAACAAGCACCAGCACAAGCUUCGACAUCGCCACCUCGGAAAGUUUCACCUUUGCCAGAGAGAAGAAAACGAAAGCGAGGAAAUGGAAGCAUUAGUGAAAGAGAGGACUAUCAGCCAGAAGCAGCCUCUGGCUACGAAUCGAGCAAUGAUUGGCAAAGCGCAGCAACAGAUGACGGCUCGACGCCUGUUCAAGCCGGACGACAUCAACGACAUGCACGCCUUGCCAAAGAGACACCAACGCCAACUAGGGAAGACACAAGGAAGACAAGAAGCAACAACAGAGGAGGAGCACGUCCCGGCAGUGGACGCCCUAGGAAGCAACCACGGGUGGUGGGCAGACCAACUACUGGGACAAAUAGCCCAUCUAUUGCCUAUUCACGCCGCCGCACAACGUUGGAAGCCAACGAAGGCGAAGGCUCGAAGCGAUCCACGCCAACAACACGAGGAAGAUUGCCGCGACAAGCUGCACAGACCGAAUCGGCAACGCGAAUUGAAGAUAGCGAAGACGAGCCCAUCUCGAAUGGCCCGACGUCGCCGUUGACCGGGACUGAUGAAGAGAGUGACGCGGUGCCAUUACGCAGGCGACACAGCACACGCAACGAUCGCCGUAGGUCGAAUAUGUAAAAGUAGAAACAAAUGAAUAAAAUCUAAUAAUUAAUUAACCACAAACUGUAUACCUGGCCUCUUUUUGUCUUUUUUUUAUUUUUUUAUUUUUUAUUUUUUUUUAGAAAAACUGCCAUUGUUAUUUGAGAGAGCCGCCCUGUCAUUCUAGCAUAUUCUGAAUCUCUGUGUUCAUUUGCAUGUGCUUAUAAUUAGUUGAGUGACU